CUCAAGUCAUCGCCUACUUCACGACUCUGUCGACCCCCCUACACCCCGCCCUCCGAUGAUCUAAGCGCCCACACUUCAUGCUCCGCCAGGCUGUCCGAGGAGCUCGGUGGUAUCAGCAGGUGGCCCGCAGAAGCCCGCGCGUGGUUUCCGCUGCAGCGCCACGCUUCCUCCACUAUGGCCCCAAUGACAAGGUGAAUUUCUUCGAACAAAAUACCCGCGGCAGCGAACAAAGGCGGAGUGUCGACCCGGAUGCCGAAAAUGAGGCCGAGCAGGAGGAGGUGCGGAGGGAGAUAUCCCGCCUGGACAAGGAGCUGGACGAUUUGAGCGACCCUUACGGCCCGGACGGGGAGUUCAUGCGAGACUUGCCAGCAGAGGAGAAAGCCCGGGCGAUGGAGGUGCUUCGGAAGUAUACGGAGGAGGAAGGCAAGGAUGACUCCAAUCUCAAGUUGAGUGAAAUCUUCGACAAGGAGCUGGACGACAUGUUAAAGGAGGAAUUCGACGGCCUGGCGAAGGAGGAGGAGGAUAUGUGGCAGUCCAAAGGGGAAAAAGAAGAUGCGCCCAAAGAAGUGGUCCGAAGCCCUUAUGACGUCGUGGCGAACGAUCCGGGGAUGCAGUCUUAUGCCGACAAGUUCAACCACUGCCUCCGGCGAAUGGUGAACGGUGACACCAAGAGGCGCUGGGACCAAGAACUAUGGAAGUGGUAUCGUCGAUGUCAACGGGUUGUCCCCGGGUUUCUCGAAUCAAUGCCGGAGGAAACGUUGGGCCUAUUGUGGGAAUCCCAAACUGCGAGAGGCCCCCCGAAACCCCAGGAGACCCCACACAUACAAAUCCUCGCCCAAGACGUAAUAUCGGCCGGUCUUUCCCUUCCGACUCCUCGUCUUCUUUCUUACAUCGAGAUACUACAUGAAACGGGGAAUACGAAGGCGGCGUUGGAUCAGUGGGAAGCUCACCAGUCGGGUCUCUGCCAAAGCAAAGAAGAUCUGGAGGCGUAUUGGAAAUUAGGAGUACGGCUCUUUGCCGCGGAGGAUGACCCUCAACGAGCCCAGGACAUUGCUCUGGCAUUCCUGGCAAAUGAUAAAUCGCGUCAACCUCAUAUCCUGAUCCCGGUCAUGACGGCCUGGGGUAGGCAGCCUGGGAAGGAAGUGGAGGUCAAGGCGUGGGCGCUGUAUCUGCAGCUCAAAGCGUUCCUGGGGCAGAGUAUGACCAUGGAGGAAUACGACCAAGUCAGCAUCGGCUUUCUCAAAGCAGGCCGGCUCGGCCUCGCCAUCGCCGUGUUCAAGGAUAUGAUGGUGACCGGUCGAGACCCAGCACACGACUCAACCUCACUCUACCAGGCGGCACUCGGCCUGGUCGGCAACCUCCAGGCAUCCAGCGUGUCGGAACAGGAUUUGAACAAGGUCUCCCUCUCGACGCUCACCGUCCUGCCUCGGAAGUUCCAGAAUAAGUUCUUCUACGCCAGCUGGAUGAAGAAGCUGAUCGGAAUGGGAGAGGUCGAUUCGGCUGCGAUGGUCAUUGAGCUGAUGUACGAGCGCGGGGUGAAGCCGGACCCCAAACACAUCAACGGCGUCAUCGCUGCCUGGCUGCGUGAGGGCAGCACGGCUGGGCGUCAGAAGGCGGAAAACCUGGGAUGGGCCAUGGUCCAGCAGCGGAUCGACUGGGUUCGGGCACGCACCAACCCGCCAGAGAAGUCCCCUCCACAAGACAUCAACCCGGACGAGGAACCCUCGCGUAUCCCCCAGUUUAUGCAAAGGUCGACGCCACCCGCAAGUAUCGAGACUUUCUCGAUCCUCCUGCUUCACUACAGCCGGAGGGGCGACGACAACAAGACCCAAUACCUCGUCAAAUGUCUAAGCGAUGCGCGCAUCCAUCCCAACUCCUAUUUCAUGAACCACCUGCUAUACGCAGAGCUCCGGAAGCAAGAUAUCGCUUCGCUAUGGAGCAAGUUUCUGAGCAUGUCCGCCUCCACCCAGCCGGACCUAGAAACCUACGCCUGCCUCUGGGACUGCGGCAAGCUCCAGUACGACCGUGGACGGACCGCAUUCGUCGCAGGCUUCCCGACGGCCCGCGAGCUCUUCGCCAAUAUGAUGCGCUGGUACACUCACCUCCCGGUCCGGGGGCAGACCGCCGCGCGGGAGGAAUUUUCCAAGGAGCUAUACGACCAAAUUAUCCGGUGCUUCUGUCUAUCCAAGGAUCUCCCCGGCACUUUGGUAGCUCUUCACAUGAUCCAGGCUACAUUCGGAUUCUACCCGGACGACACGACCGCCCGCCUGAUCGUGGUGCAGGUGGCGCGGAUGGCGGGCGUCCCAGCAGGCACGCCGAAGCACCGCCUUCGCCGUCUCGCCUCCACGCCCCGGAGCAAAGAGAACAUCGGCCACGUCAACCGCCUCGUGGAGAUCCUCAGCGAACGCAAGGCCGCCGCCCUCCAGGCCCGCGGCCAGGAGAUUGACGACCUCGAACUCGAGGAGCGGCAGCGGUACCAGCUGGAGAUCCUCGCGGAGCUGCUGCGGGUCGUGAUGGGCCGGAAACUGGGCGAUGCGAGUCGCGUGGAGAUGCAGAUCGCGGCGGUUGCUGACGAGCUGGGCGCAACCGGACUCAAUCUGGGGUCGUCCGUCGAGGACGACGAUGGUCUACUUCAGUGACCCUCCUGUACGCGCGGAUAUCUGGAUCUGUGUUCAUUCCUUCAAGCCCUGAUCUCCCUCCCCCUGGGGAGGGGAAUGGAAGAGGGAGCAUUUGCAAUAGAAGCAGGGUAGGGUUGGUUGGUUGGUUCAACUUCCCCAGCAUGGCCGGCGUUGCGGUUGGUGGCAGUGUUCUUCACUUUUACUUGUAUAUAAAAAGGGUUACCUUUCGGUAUACUAUGCCUGUAUGAUAAUAGAUUCGGUCCUCUCUGGUUUGCAUGUUAAUUAGCUAUUG